CGGCAUGACCACCCCAGCCACCGUUGGAGGAAAAAUUUUUCUGAUAUUUUAUGGCCUUAUAGGAUGUGCAGGGACCAUUUUAUUCUUUAACCUGUUCCUGGAGCGCUUGAUCACGGUCAUAGCCUACAUCAUGAAAUCCUGCCAUGAGAGACAGCUGAGGAGAAAAGGGGUCCUCCCUCAUGACAGCCGGCGGGGCUCAGGGAACUCCGAGGUGGACAGCUUGGCAGGGUGGAAGCCAUCUGUGUACUAUGUCAUGCUCAUUUUAUGUGUAGCAUCACUCAUCAUUUCCUGUUGUGCCUCUGCAAUGUACACACCGAUUGAAGGGUGGAGUUACGUUGACUCACUUUACUUUUGCUUUGUGGCCUUCAGCACUAUUGGUUUUGGUGACCUGGUCAGUAGCCAAAAUGCCCAGUAUGAAAGCCAAGGCCUUUACCGAUUUGGCAACUUUGUCUUCAUAUUCAUGGGGGUUUGCUGUAUCUAUUCCUUAUUUAAUGUGAUCUCGAUUGUUAUCAAACAGUCCUUAAACUGGAUAUUAAAGAAGCUGGAUUGCAGGUGCUGCCCCAGAUGCCAAAGAAAAUUAUUUAGGUCACGGAGGAAUGUUGUGAUGCCAGGGAAUGUGCGGAGCCGGCGGAACAUCUCCAUUGAGACUGAUGGGGUCAAUGAGAGCGACACAGAUGGACGCCGGCUGUCUGGAGAGAUGAUCUCCAUGAAAGACUUCUUAGCCUCCAACAAAGUGUCACUGGCUAUCAUGCAGAAACAGCUGUCAGAAACUGCCAAUGGCUACCCAAGGCAGUUGAACUCUAGUUCCAAACAUAAUGGAUUCUCUGGCGGGGUGGGAGCCCUAGCGAUUAUGAAUAACAGGCUGGCAGAGACAAGUGUGGAUAGGUAAAAAAAAAAUCAAAACAAUGGGAAAUACAUCAACAAGUAUAAAAAUAACUAGGGAAUGAAUGUCAUCAGAGAAGUGGAGCUAAAUGAGCAGGACACCUUUUGUUAGAAGGUCUCUCACUUUUUGAGGAGGGUCUGUCAAUUAACAUCUGUUGUUCUUUAUACUACUCAGAUCUCUAUCUUCCUUUCUCCUCUUCCAUUUGCUCCCUAAACAGGUCACUGAAGGAUAAAUUUCAAACUAAAUAUAAUGUAGCCCCAACACCAAUUUUCUGUGGCCUGUCUUUCCUAUAUUUACGUUAAGGUCAGUUUCAGGAAUAAGGAAUGGAUGGCCUUGGGAAAAAUCACCCUUCACAACACCGGAUUAAAAUUCUGUAUCGAACUGAUAUUUAGUUCAAAGAUGGUAUUGGGGUUUUUGUUUGUUUUUUGUCCCAUUCUUUUCAGACAAGCAACAUUCAGAAACCAAAAGAGGAACCAUUAUAAGCCUUUCUCUGCACCAUCUAUACUCUUGCACUCCUAAUUUCAGUGAGUGAAAAUCAAAUAAUUUCUCUCUAAAUAUAACUUCUCAGAACAGAUUCCUGUUGUGAAACAGCUAUUUUGGUAAAGCCAGAUUCUGCUGUCAGAUACAGCGGUAUAAAUCUGGAGUAAUUUCAUCAGAGUCAAUAGAAGCAGCAAAGAGUCCUGUGGCACCUUAUAGACUAACAGACGUAUUGGAGUACAAGCUUUUGUGGGUGAAUAUCCACUUCGUCAGAUGCAUGUCAAUAGAAUUACUCUGCUGUUACACUGGUGUAACUGAAGUUGACCCUGAGAAUGUAAUUUAGUUUUCCCCUUAGAAGGACACUGUCAAAAAUGAUAGAGUCAAAAUUAGACUUACUUUUGCUUUCUUAUGUGUGUUUGCAAAGUACAUUUAAUACUUGCUAAGUUAACUUUUCCUCUAAAAAUUGAAUCAAUGCAAUUUUCUUUAGAAAAAAAAAUAUGGAUAGACAGAUCUCAUGAGCAACCCUAUAGUAACAAACAGGGACUGUUUCUCAUACUGUGUGUACAGUGCCCCAUCCUGAUUGCAGUCAAUGAGCACUGAUGUAACAUGAACAUUUAUUAAGAAUGUUUACACAAUGAACAGGUUUCAUUGCAGAAACAGAUUGCAACUUCAACAUUCCAAGGCAUUAUUACAAGUAACCAUUAGCAUAAGAAAUGUAAGAAAUGAUGAAAAACACUUUUGACACUGUCCUUUUUUAACAUUUGAGUAAGUAUCAUACUCCUAUUUUCUGGCCUUUGGUGAUGAUAAUGAUAGGGUUUUGAUUGAGAAAAUGGAAAAUUUAUAACUCACCAUUUUGCUAAAUGAAAGGAUCUGAGAGCUCAUUUUGAACUGGCUGAAGACCUAAAUGAGAACUGUAUUGGUCAGAAAAACAUGGAAACAGGAAAGUAGAUAAGUUAAUGGAUGUAGGGUGGCAUUUUGCGUUAGGUAACAGUAGAAAUAAGGGAUUAAAUUAAAAGGAUAUUGCUAAGUAAAAAUUCUAGGCCAAAUUCUGCUUCCUUUACAUCCAUGCUAUUAAAGUCAGUGAGGGUAUGUAUAAGUAAAUGAGCGGAAUUUGGUGACAUAGGACCUGUUCUAGUGUCUAUUGAAGUCAAGGGAAUUGGAUAUAGGCUCAUAGAGUUAAACAAAGUCUUACUUGCGGUACCCAAAAUACCAUUUAGAUUAUUACAAUUUAAAUACAUUUUAAAUAGCCAAUAUACUUUUCACCAUUUAUGCAGUUUCUUUUUUUUCAUUUAAUUUAUGUGGAACAAUGUAGGUGGACUGGUCUGUUUCAUUUGUGUUAGGAAUCCCUUUCUGGUUCUGGUUCUUCUGCCUCGCCAAUUACUCUUGUGUCUGGGUUCAUAACACUGCAGGGGAAUACUUACAUACCUUUAAAUAUAAACUGCAUUUAAAAAUAUUAUGAUAUCUCAUAUAGGGUUUUGUAAUUCAGCACUUU